CCUCUUGUUGCCGGGCAGCGAUGGCGGCCUCUCUGGAGUCCUCUGGGGAGGAUCCGCUGCGGAACUUUGUGCGAGUUUUGGAGAAGCGAGAUGGCACGGUGUUACGACUGCAGCAGUAUGGCUCCGGCGGCGUGGGUUGCGUUGUCUGGGACGCUGCCAUUGUCCUUUCUAAAUAUCUGGAAACGCCCGGAUUUGCCGGCGAUGGGGCCCACGCGCUGAGCCGGCGGUCGGUGCUAGAGCUGGGCUCGGGCACCGGGGCUGUGGGGCUCAUGGCCGCUACCCUCGGGGCAGAUGUCAUAGUCACCGAUCUUGAGGAAUUGCAAGACUUGCUGAAGAUGAAUAUUAAUAUGAACAAGCAUCUUGUCACUGGUUCUGUUCAAGCCAAGGUACUGAAAUGGGGGGAAGAAUUAGAAGACUUUCCUUCUCCGCCAGACUAUAUACUGAUGGCUGACUGCAUAUACUACGAAGAGUCUUUGGAGCCAUUGUUGAAAACCCUGAAAGAUCUCAGUGGGUCUGAGACUUGUAUUAUAUGUUGUUAUGAACAGCGAACAAUGGGGAAAAAUCCAGAAAUCGAGAAAAAAUAUUUUGAGCUCCUUCAACUAGACUUUGACUUUGAAAAAAUUCCUUUGGAAAAACAUGAUGAAGAAUAUCGAAGUGAAGAUAUUCACAUUUUAUACAUCAGAAAGAAAAAAUCGAAAUUUCCAUCAUGAAAUCUUUAGUCAUCUUACCCAGGCCUCUAACAACGUGCGUAAGCUAAUAACGUGAAUGAAGCAUGUGAGUACAGCAUGGAAGAUUGUGUUCACAGAUUUUUUCAGCAUGUCUUUAGGGAUCCGAUCUAUAGAUAACCACCACUGGCUGCCUGCAAUAUGAAAAAUGACUUGACUGACUGCCUACCUGCCAAUGGGCCUGAAAUCCAACUUAGUUUACUUUUAGCUCCACAUCAAGUUCUGCUUAAAAGAAACAUUGUGUCAGUCACUCCUCCAAUAAAAAUAGGUACUGAGGUUAGCCUAAAGUCUGCCAAGAAUAAUGAAGUAGCAUGGUUGGCUUGGAGUGUUUUCAGGAAAAUAGAGGUAAGUUGAUCCAGUUUCUAAAGAGAGGUAUCAGUUACUCUUUAAUAAUGUUUAAAUUCAAAUCAGUAAAUUUUAAUUUGUCAUCAAGAUAAAUUUAAGAGAGGGUUUUAACAUUUAUACAAUGGGUUUUAUUAUAAGUAUCUUCCACUUCAUUGUUUUUCAGACAACUUUAAUAUUUGUGUUCUUUUACUUGAGGAAAAAAAAACAACAAAAAACGAAAAGACUGUUUUGUGACCAAAGUUCUGUGCUUUUCCUUCACCUUGCUGAUUACAGUAUAAUUUACCCUGUGAAUUAUAUAAUAAAUUAUACUGUGGUCGGUUAAUAAAGGUGAAAGUAAGAAGUCAGAGUGCAAGGGGUAUCUGUAAAAUUUUUUAUUUGAGAGUGGAGUGAGAAUAAAAGGCCCAGCUUUAGGCUCGUGCAUGUAUGUGGCUUGUGCACUUUUCCUCAUGCGUAGCUCCCAGGAAAAUGUGGCUAAAUCACUGGUGAUAACUUGUUUAUAUGAAACAGAAAGCUAUUUAAAUAACUACAAGUGUAGUUCUGUGUACAUUUACCAAAUGAUUUUUUUUCUGUGUGGUCUCUGUCUUAUGUUAUGAUAAUCAUCUGUUCUCAGACUGAUCUGUCAGGACUUCCCAGUCGCACUGGUUCCAAAGCAUAAUAGUAACCAGAUGGAAUGCUGGUACUUAACAGGCAUUGGUGCUAGGUGGCACAUUUUAUGUGUUAAAAUAAACAUUGUUUUUGAGAUCCUGUGACUUUGUGAAUGUUUCAGAAAUAGCUUUGGAGAAAAUAAACAUUUAAAGCAGGUGACUGCUUUCCAGAAAGAGCAAAAGCAGCCCUGGAGAAAUUAAAGAUUAACAUCAAAAGAAAAUUUUUUUCCUUCAGGUUUUCUUCAGUCUUUAACUUUUGUUCUGCUGUUUGUUUUUUUUCCCAAACUGCUCUUAGCAUUUCAUUAAUCAGCUUACUAAACAGUUAGUGUAACCUCAGUGUAUGAUACUUUUCUAGUUACAGAUAAUACAGGUAUUUUAUUAGUGAAGUCUUAGAACAAAUGAUCACUUUCUGGCUUGUUUCGUAACAUUAUAAAACUUGUAGGAAUGAGUUUAUUAACGUUGACCAGCCAUAGUAGUCCACUCCAAUUCCUCAGGUCCCUUUCACCCUCCUCCCCUUAAGACUGUACUUCUAAAAUACAGUAGCUGUGGGUGUUCAGCUGAAGUCCUCCUUGACAUUCCUGUAAUGAAAGCCCAGCUCCUUGACUUCCGACAGGAGACCUUACACCAGAACUUGCUGGCGGGCUUGGGAUGAGACCAGCCUCUUGGCAGCUUUGCCAGAAUCACCCCCUUGCUUGUGUGUGUUUCUUCUUCUUUCAUGUCCUAUUUCCACUCCCUUCUUUCUUAUCACCUUAAUAAGUCAAGGAAACGGCAACCCACUCCAGGAUUCCCACCUGGAAAACCCCAUGGACAGAGGAGCUCGGCAGGCUACAGUCCAUUGGGUAGCAAGAGUUGGACACGACUUAAGAGACUAAACCACUAUCAUACAUUCAUUACCAUUUGUUCCUGGGGAGCUGAUCUAAGGUACUGACUACAGGAUUGAGUACUUUUUAACAGAAAGUGAAGUGAGAUUGUUUUUCUUAUUCUGGAAUAAGGCCAAAGCAGAGUUUAAAAGGUACCAAUCCCCAAGUUCUAAGAUCAGAGAACCAUAGUGAUUAGUAAGCACUGCUGGGCUUCCUGAGGGUUGCCAGAUCAGGUAGCAAGCUCUGUCACUAACUACCAUCCACACACAGCUGGGGAGGUCUGGGAGAGGCCUUCUUUUGGAGGAAGUGCAAUGUUGAGGAAAGGGAUUUAGUCCUUUGAGCUCUCAUGAGAGAGGGAACAGAGCGUAUCUGUACUCAGAAGCCACAGGAGGGAGACCUGGGGAGGAAUUCAAGAUCCAGGAAGCCUCCAAGAAGGGUAGACUAGCAUUGUCCUACCUGGUUGGAUUUGUCUUUAUCCUGCAGAUGAAUACAUCUGUUUAAUUCCAGAGCAUGGGAAUUUGGGAGAGGUGGUGUGGAGACUGUCAGUCAGAGAGGUGUUAAAGAUGGAUCUCGGGCAGUUGAGAGCUGAUACAUGAGCUGAAGGCAUUAGGACUUCUGCAACAACAUGGGGUGGUUAAAAGGCAGGUGCAGCAGACAAGUGAGGUGUGAUGCUGGGUUAGCCAGAAUAUAGACAACGCUCAAAUCUCAAGGGACUACCAGGACCAGGAGGAACCGCUCAGGAAUUAGCCCAAGUGUGGCUUGCCACUGCACAAUGAAACCUAUAAGCCACUUAGUACAGUGCAGCUAUAGCCAAUUAGAGAGCCGCACACCCCACCGAGUAAGGCAGUGCUUCUCAGGCUCGCUGUACUUGGGAGAUUAAAAGCAAACAAAAACUUUGUUUAGUCUCCAUCCCAAUCCAAUUAAACCAGAGUUUAAUUUGUUAAAGUUCUCUGGAUGGUUUUAAUGUUUAGCCUAAAUUGAGAAUUACUGCAAUGAAGAAGCCUCUUCUAGCAGCUUCUUCCCAAGAAGAGAUCAAAGAAAAGGAAUGAAAUCAGGAAGAUGCCCUGGAGAAGGCAAUGGCACCCCACUCCAGUACUCUUGCCUGGAAAAUCCCAUGGACAGAGGAGCCUGGUAGGCUACAGUCCAUGGGCUUGCAGAGAGUCGGACGCGACUGAGUGACUUUACUCUACUUUUACAUAAAAACAAACCAUGAUUAGAUCUGUACUGUGAAGGGAAGAAAGAGCUUUGAAUCUGAUGUGGAAUUUUCUGUGAAAUAGGAUGUUUUGAAAUAAACAGGGCUGAGUUUUAGGAACUAAAUAUGUGAAAAUUUAGAAAGUUUGGCCAAGAAGGUAAAGGUGAUACUCCUCAAGAGUAAAGAGGAGGGACUUCACUGGAGGUUCAGUGGUUAAGACUCCACUUCCACUGCAGGGGAACUUAAGAUCUCACAGCAGCACAGGGUAGCUACCCCAAAAAAGCGGGGGAAGCUAGGAAAAGAAAAUUGUUAGAACUGUAGCCUCCAAUGACUUGUUUCCUCCCUGUAUGGACUAUAACUUUCAAGGUCUUUAAGGUUACAUAGUUUUAAAUCUUAACCUGCUGCAGUUCAUAACCUAGGGUCAGUGGGUCAUGUUUGGUGAAUUUGGAAGUAAAGUUAGGUUAUUAAGAAGUAUUAAAAAUCCAGAAUGAUUUUUAGUGGGACUUUUUACACAGUGUGGCUAGUCCUUGUUAAAUGAUGUCAAUUCAGGGUACAGACAACUGUGUUCAUUUAAAGAAAAGUAUGAAAGUGUUAGUCACUCAGUCAUGUCUGACUCUUUGUGACCCCAUGGACUGUAGCCCCCAGGCUCCUCGUCCAUGGGAGUCUCUAGGCAAGAAUACUGGAGUGGGUUGCCAUUUCCUCCUCCAGGGGAUCUUCCAGACUCCAGGAUCAAACCCAGGUCUCUUGCAUUGCAGGCAAAUUCUUCACUGUCUGAGCCAUCAGGGAAGCCCCCAAAGAAAAGUAUGGGGGACUUCCCUGGUGGUCCAGUUGUUAAGACUCUGAGCUCCCAAUGGAGGGGGCAUGGGUUCAAUCCCUGGUUGGGGAACCAAGAUUCCAUAUGCUGCAUGUCCAAUAAAUAAAUGAAACAUGUAAAAAAAUGUGUGGAUCAUAGAAAUAUGACUGUUAUUCCUAAUGUUCCCUGUAGAUGGCGUUGCUUGACUUGGUCUUUAAACAGUUUAUAGACAGGAAGUUGUUAAAAUAGAAUGUUCUAAAUGAAUUCACACUUGGAUUUUGAAAGUGAAGUACGUUAGAUUUUAAAGAAUAAACCUACCUGUUAUAAGUUGCUUUCAGAAUAUAAUGUGGUUGUCUUAGUUCGUUUGGGUUGGUAUCACAAAAUACCGUAGCCUAGGUAACUUACAAACGACAGAAAUGUAUUUCUCACAGUUCUGGGAGGCUGGACAGUCCAAGAUCAAUAUGUCCAUAGGCAGCUAUCCUCACAGGGUGGAAGGGACAAGGGACUCCCUGGAGUCUCUUUUACCGGCACAAAUCCCAUUUAUAGAGAGCUUCAUCCCUCCCAAAUGCCUCACCUCCAAAUAUCUUCACACUGGAUGAAUAAAUUUCAAUAUAUGAAUGGGGGGUGGUGGUGGUGUAAACAUCCAGACUGUAACAGUACUGUAAGUAAAAUAGUUUUUUUUCCUUGUAAAUCUAUCUUUAUUUUCUGUUUAUUGCAUUUUGAUUUUUGAAUUUUGAAUUUUUGAAUCCUUUUGAAUUUUUGAAUGUGGUUCAUAUAGCUACAUAAAUUGCAAUUCAUAAAUCAUUUGUCUGCUGUUGGUAUUUUCUAUGAGAGACAGAUAUUUCAAAGGCUAAAUUAGUUCAAGUUCUAAAAAUGAAAUUCACCUUGAAAGUACUUUUUAUGUAAUGCAUGAUUUUACAUCUGAGGUACUUGAAGCUUCUAAUUAAUUUUAAUUAGUUUCAAACCAGUAUGCCUUCUUCACUAGAGUAAUAAGUAGCUUUUACAUCAAAAGACUGAAGCUCUGUCUUUGGUUUUAUCACAGUUCUGUAAGUUUAGGCUGCCUGUUUGACUUUCAGUUUUAAUUUUUCCUCAAGGAACAUCAGGAUUUGAAAGAGUGUUUGAUUCAGUGAUAAUAAACAUUUAAAAAAAUAAUAUUCAGUUUUCAUAACAUAAAGAGCUUCAGGCCAUAUUUGAAUUAGAAAAAGUUUGUGGCAACAAAAUUUUACUGAAAAUUAGUCAAGUAAUGGGAAGCUAAGUUUUCACUUUAAAUGAUUUGGGGUAGGAAAACAAAUUCUGAAAUCAUUUUCACCAGUUAGGUGAAAGCUGUUAUGUAUUUGGGGUCAUAUCAGUUGUGAGAUACAUCUUAAGUAAUAGCAAAUAGUUUUCAAAGAGUAGAUUUUAAAAUAUGUUAGAACAGGUUAUCUCUAUGAUGGUUGUUUUCUCAUGACCAUCCUGAAAGCUAUUAGCUCACAAGCCUUGAAACUGGAUUAUCUGGAUUUAAACCUCAGUUCCUUCAUUUCCUUAGCUGUGUGACUGUGCCUCAGUUUCCUCCUCUGUGAGGUAAAACCAUGAUGGAUUGCCUCAUAGCUUGGCAUAGGGAUUAAGUCAGUUUAACACAUAAAAUGUUCAGCAUACAGUAAGCCUUCGAUAAAUGUUGUGGCUAUAUAUAGCAGGCUUGGAAUUACUUUAUGUGAGGGUCCUGGGGAAAUGUAAUAAUGCGAGUCUGUGUUGCAGUGUGAAAUCUGGGCAUCUUUUUGAGAGUAUAGGGCUUGUGAACAUCACUACCCCAUCACGGCGGGAAUGGCUCCUGGGUGGGAGGAGUCUGAGAACAGUGUUCCACAGUAAGUUGAACAGGUGAGAGAUUUUAGAAGAAGAAAAUGUGGUGAAAAGAAAACCUUUGUUUGCUGUUCAUUUUUACGGUUCUAAAGCUAAGUGCCAUGAGCAUUGAGAGGCCAAGAAAAACAGAGGAGAUCCUCAUUUCCAAAUACCAGAGCUUGGGCUUGUUGGCCUAAGCUCCAGGAUCCCACCAUCCUGAACCUUACCGAAUUCUUCCCUCUGUGGUUCUUCUCUAUGUUAAAUUGAGACCAGAAAAGUGGCACCAGGUCAUUUUUCUGAAGUCUGGGGCUUGAUGUAUCUACAUAAUUACUAUCAGAGUUUAGAUGUGUUCAUUCUAAAAGAACAAGGUGACUAUAAAAUACUCUGUAGCUCUUGCCUCCUGGGUAAACCAUCUUUUACCCUGUGAUCAGUAUAUAUGAUGAGAAUCAGGAGCUUCUUUUAACUUCAGGCUGAUUCUGUCUGUACCCACAGACAAGAUUGAGAGUCAGAACCAUGAACUGUAUCUACUUCUCCAUCAGCCAGUGUAAAAUAACACAAGUGCUUAACUGCAUUAUAUUAAACUUUCAAGCCUUUUUUUGUUUGCAAUUGAUGGAAAAGAUUGUCAUGAAUACUAGAUCACUGGUCUUAAUUUUUAGAAAUGUCAUUAGCUAUGACACAGUACCUACCUUGAUGAAGGAUAAAUUCACACUUUUUACUAUUCACAAAGUUAGAAACAAUGAUGUUUCUUCUUUGCAAAACAAAGUUAAGGCUUUUGAAAGAGAGCUGUUCUAGAUGCCAUCCUUAUGGGGUUAAAUGUUGAGUACUUAACAGAUUUCCUUCAUGUCAUUAGCUCUUAUGAAUCAUCACUGGCAGUCUGUUAAAACCCUUGACGGGUCAGUGCCUUUAAAUACUCUUGAGUAAUUUUUUAAAAGUUAACUUUUAUUCUAAGUUGUUAAACUAUUGAAGUCCAAGCAUUUAACAGUCUGAGGUCCGGGUUCAUUUGUUGGCUCAUGGGUGCUUUAAUAAAUCAUUGCUGGAGUUAUUGUGUAUAUAGUACAAACAAUCCCAUGUAUCUCCAUUCAGUACCUGACCUUGUUCUUUUAGGAAUGUGUCCUGAAAACUGGCUUGUACUACGAGCACAGUACAGUUGCAUAUUGGGGUACAACAAAUAGAAAUAGCAUGUUUUAUCCAAAGCUAAGAUGAGAAGCUUGAUAUUUUCAUUCCAAAUGAGUGUAAAGAAUAAUCUCAUUGCAUAUAAUGGACAUUUGAACAUACACCUGGCUUCUUGAAACUUUAAAACAGGAAAAACAAGUUUCACACUCCCACAAAUAAUAAAUGUUUAACCAGAGAAUGCCUUUGGGUUUCAGUGACAUUUGUGAACAUAGGUACAAUGUACUUUUAAAAUAGCUAUCGUCUACAAUAUUGUAAAGUAAUUAGCCUCCAACUAAUAAAAAUAAAUGAAAAAAAAAUAGCUAUCAUCUUUCUAAAUCUUGUCACAAGGAUUUUUUUAAAAAAAUUCUGUCGUUCAGAACUCUCUUUUCACUCUCUAGCAUAUCUCUGACACCCACAUUCAGUCUGUUACUCUCUGUCUGAAAUAAGUGUCUGGUUGUUAACCUGAGAUUCCAAGGAAGAGAGGAGUGGAGGUUCAGUGUGGCCAAUAGGAACGAAAGUCCAAAUUAGCUCUGAAGAUAACCCUAGGUCUGUUCUAAAUCCACUCAACUUCCCUUUGUGUGCCCAAGCCUAUACAUCUUCUCCUAAGGAGAAAACGGCUCACUUGACUACCACCUAAUCUGGCUGUAUGUCCUCGGGUGAGUUAAAUUCUCUGAAUGUUAGUGUCCCUCUCUGUAAAGUGAGAGUGACAUCUACCUGAUAGCACGGUGGUGGUUAGACUAGAUAAUAUAUUGUAGACAAGGGUAGGGAAGAAGGCAUAAGCCUCAGCUGUCUGCUCUGAGGGUUCAGACUGGUAAAUUCUUGCAAACUAGAGAGAAGUCAUCCUAUGCAAACAACACAGCUUGGUCCAGAGAAAACAAAAGCCUUUACUGUCAGAAAGGUGGGAUUCCCAGUGUAGCAGCCUGUCUGUCAUUUACUUUUACUUCCACCCUGACUUCUUCCCUUUCUCUUCAGGCUCCACCUUCAUCACAGGAAGGGAGUAAGAAGUCACGGGGAGACCUUGCAGUUCUCUUGUUCCCACCCACAAGCUGAUUGUAGAUUCCCCCUCUCUGGCCUCCUGACCCUGACCCUUCCCCUAAGCCCUGGCGUCACCUCUUGAGCUGCCUUCAGUUGUCCCAUCUUCCUCCCCUUCCUCCUCUCACUGCUGUCACCUGAGGUCGGGCCUCAUUACCUCUAAUCUAUGCUCCUGUAAUGUCUCCCACUUCUCGCAUCUCUCCGCACACACCUGUGCAAAUAGUGGUGCCGGUGUACUCUCCUGACAGGGAGUGCCAGACUGUUCAGCAUCCUACUCAAAAACCUCCCCAGAGAUGCAGGUGAGGUAGAAUGUCCCACAUCAGGUACUCAGUAACCUCUUCGGUGUAUCUCCUUUUGCUUCCUUCUUGCCAUCUU